AUGGAAAAAGCGCAAGAGGUCCUAGUUGAGUCCGGCAGAUUUGGUGAGAUAGGUUCCCUCUCCAGUGCGGAAGACGACCCUGACCCUGGCCUGGGCUUUGAGGAAGGGAAGAUCAAGUGGAGCGAAAAUCUGGCCAUCUAUUUCGUGUCGUAUUCGAUCUUUAAACCUGCCUCCAACAUGCUUCUCAAGAACUUCGACCAAGCACAUACAUUCCGAGUAUGUAAGAUCGUGGUCUGCGUCUAUCCAGUUGGCUUCUCAAUUGGCAAUGGCAGCAUGGUGCUUUGGGAUAUUGUCUGCGUGUGUGUCAGGACCUGGUCACCAAUUUCGCAGGUCUCUCAGCUUCUCGAUGGUUUGGGGGGUGUCUUUUGA